GAGUUGCAAGAGACCGGCGGUAGGCCGGUUGAUUCCUUCCUCUGGCGAUUCAUCGGGGACUACAAGUACAAGCCAGUCUCACCCAUCUUCCAGCACGACUGUUUGCGGCCUGAUCGAGCUGCUUUUGUCCACGCCCAUUUGCGUAGCCAACUGACGGGCCUCGCUCUUGAGGCGACGCUGGCUCGGGCAGCCGCCUUGGCUGCCUCCGAUGUUACUCGGGUUGAAUGCGGGGCUGAUCAUGCGAAUGAGACGCAUGUCUCGGACACAGAUUUGACUGGUCGCUCCAGUAGGCUGAGCUCAAGAGCCUCGGAAAACGCGGAAGGUGCCCAAACCACCAUAGCCGCGGAUGGAAUGACUCUAAGAACGGCCAAGUUCGACGGGAAAGCAGGCCAGGGAGGACCGGCAAAAUCAAAGGACCUCGAAUCUACCUCGUUCACACUGCCUGAAAUCGUCGGCCCGUUUGACCAUUCGCAUCGUCAUGAUCACAGUCUCGGCUCUCGUAGAUUGACCGGCCGAUCCGAAUUCCUAUAUUCGGCUGUUGACGGCCAGCUGGGCAUCAGAUCAUCGCGUUGUUCUUCGCCACAAAUGACCUCCGCUCGGCUGGGCGAUUUGGGAUCUGAAUGCUGCUGCAAAGUAGGUUUACGGCAUCGUGCUCGAAUCCCACGACCGAAUCAUCCAGAUUUUGACAAUACCGGUUGCACUUCCGGACGUAGCCGAAUUAACUCGUAUGGACAUCAAGCUGGUGCGUGGUUACUACUAUUUUCACUAAUAUUUCUUUUUAACUUUGUCCUCUUUUUUAUGUAA